AUGGGGAUCUUGCUUGAUCCAAAAAUUCGCGACAAUGUGUUGCUGCCCAUUUUUGUGGUGGUUGUGUUGACCUCCAUGAUCCGAUCGAGCUUGAUGAUUCUCUUCAAAAAUGAUCCGAAAGUCGAUGUCAAAGAAGUGAAAACGCAAAGCAUGCUCGGACGCUGCAAAAUGCUUCGAGCAGCCUCGCACUUUCUGACAGAGAAAGCCUUCAAGUGCAGGAAGGCAUAUUUUGUGAAGAAAGAUGUGGGUGUCCUGGUGAAAUCAGUUCCCAAGGCAAAGGAUCCCAUGGAAGCUCUAUCGGCAGGAUCAGAUCCAAUGGCAGCGAUGGGCAUGAUGAAGGGCCAGAUGGUUUUCAUGGUAUCUCAAGGAUUGCUAGCAUACUGGGUUUCACAUCUCUUUUCCGGCUUCCUAGUGGCUAAGACUCCAUUUCCCUUGACGUUUCAGUUCAAGGGCAUGUUGCAGCGAGGGGUCGAGGUGACGGCGCUAGAGCCUGGAUAUGUCUCCUCACUGUGUUGGUACAUGUUUGUCAUGAUGAGUAGUCACAGCCUGAUUGGAUUGGUGCAGUCCUUCUUCACCAAGUCGGAUGUAGAAGCAGAGGAUCCAAUGAUGGCUAUGAUGGGAAGCAUGGGAGGAGCACCCAUGAUGCCGGGUGGUGGGCCUGAUCCUGCCAAGGUGUACAAAACAGAGCAGGACAAUUUAGAGAUGAUCUUGCACGAGUUCGUCCUCGAGAAUGCAUGCAGAGCACGAGGCCGCCGUAGAGAGCUGCAGAGAAGCGAGGCAAAUUACAUACACCUUGAGGAUGUAGUACUAUCGGAACCGCUCGAAGAAGCUCAUUUGUUGCAGCUUGGACCUGCUUUGGAAAGCCUGUCCAUUGAUGGCAUGGGUGUGAUUCCAACAGACACGCAGCACGCCUUUGUUACUGCUAUGAGCAGCAAGCAGGGCAUACGGCGGAUCUACGACAUCAAGGGUGUCGCACCAGAUCGGCGAAAACCUCUGAGCCUUCUGUGCUCUGAUCUUUCGAUGGCUUCUCAAUAUUGCGACAUGACAGCAAUUCCUCGUCGUUGGUUUCAAGCGAUGAAAUCUUGCCUUCCAGGGCCUUACACUUUCAUUUUGCGCGCGUCACCAGCAGUGCCGCGUGUGGUACUGGAGCACAAGGCACACGCAAAGGUGUGGAAACGCCGAGAAGUGGGCAUUCGGGUUCCCAACAAUUCUAUCGUGUGGCAACUUGUUGAAGACUUGAGCGAGCCUUUGCUUGCCUCAUCCGCCCCAGCAAGAGCCGUUGAGAUCUGGGAACAGGAGAAAUCAAAAUUGGACUUCGUGGUAGGUGCUGAAGCGAUUGACGGCUUUGACGACCUGGAGCGAGUUUCAACGGUUUUGGACCUGACCAUGGAAGAACCGGUGCUUAGAAGACAGGGCGCUGGAGAUAUCUCGGUAUUCGAGGAUGUGAUAGAGGCAGCAGUAUUUCAAUGA